UCCAUCUCUCUUUGUUUUCAAUUGUUUAAUCAGAUUUUCAUCUUUUUUUUUUUUUAAUAAAAAUAUACUGUCCUUCUUUUAUAUAGGAGGCGUGCAUUCUUGAAAAAAAAGGGAAUUAGUUAAAAGUGGGAAUGGGAAGAUUGCUUUUCUUUUUUUCCCUUUUGUUGCUAGCACAAUGAAGUGACAUAAGUUGUCAAUGUUAUCACACUCUUUCCCUUGGCCUAUUUAAAAUUUCCAUCAACCUUCAGCUAUUCCACAGUAUUCCUUCAAUUAUCCUGAAUCCUAAAACAAAGUUUUGGCAGUGAAGAUGAAGUUCAGGAACUGCAUAUUGUUGUUAGCAUUUAUAGCUGCAGUGGUUUCAACUGCUUUAGCAGAACAAGAUGUAUAUUUGGUUCAUAUGGAUAAGACCAGGAUCACAUCAUUCGACAGUUAUGUUGGAACUUCCAAAAUAUGGUAUGAUAAUAUUAUUGGUUCUAUAACUGAACUCUCUACUGAUGGUGAAGAGGAACAAGAAGAGAAACCUCCUCAACUUCUUUACGUAUAUGAAAAAGCCAUUUCAGGUUUUUCAGCAAAACUAUCCAAGAAACAACUUGAAUUACUAAAACAAGUUGAUGGAUUCCUUACAGCAAUGCCAGAUGAAAUGUUAAGCCUACACACCACUCAUUCACCUCAGUUUCUUGGGCUGAAAAGUGGCAGUGGACUUUGGAGUGCUUCUAAUUUGACUUCUGAUGUGAUCGUUGGCGUGAUCGAUACUGGAAUUUGGCCUGAACAUGUAAGUUUCCGCGAUUCUGGCAUGCCACCGGUGCCUUCUCGUUGGAAAGGCAAAUGUGAGGCUGGAACGCGGUUUUCGCCAUCAAAUUGUAAUAAGAAGAUUAUUGGUGCAAGGAUUUUCUCUAAAGGGUAUGAAGCUGCUGCAGGGAAAAUCAAUGAAACAGAAGAUUAUAGAUCACCGCGUGACUCACAAGGCCAUGGAACGCAUACUGCUUCAACAGCAGCUGGAAAUCUUGUCAUGGGUGCAAAUCUUUUUGGUUUGGGUAAAGGCUUAGCUGGUGGUAUGAGCUAUGGAUCAAGAAUUGCAGUUUACAAAGCAUGUUACAUACAAGGCUGCUCAAGUGCUGACAUUUUAGCAGCUAUUGAUCAAGCUGUUAUUGAUGGGGUGGAUGUAUUGUCACUUUCUUUAGGAGGUUUCCCAAAGCCAUUUUAUGCCGAUAAUAUAGCUAUUGCUGCAUUUGGUGCAGUCCAACAUGGGGUCUUUGUUUCAUGCUCAGCAGGAAACUCAGGGCCUUUGAAUUCAAGUGUUGGCAAUGCAGCACCUUGGAUUAUGACUGUUGCCGCGAGCUCUCUGGACCGUAGCUUUCCAACUAUUGUCAAGCUUGGAGAUGGACAUGUUUUUAAAGGAGCUUCAUUGUACCAAGGUAAGCCUACAAAACAAUUGCAACUUGUUUAUGGCAGAACAGCAGGGGGAGAAGGUGCUGAAUUUUGCACCAAUGGGACUCUAUCUUCAAGAUUAGUCAAAGGCAAGAUUGUUGUCUGUGACAAAGGACUCAAUGCCAGAGCUGAAAAGGGAGAGCAAGUGAAAAUAGCUGGUGGAGCUGGAAUGAUUAUGGUAAAUAGAGAUGAAGAAGGUGAAGAACUUUAUGCCGAUCCUCAUGUGUUGCCCGGCACAUCUUUAGGAGCUUCAGCUGGGAUUGCUAUCAAAAGUUACAUUAACUCGACGAAAACUGCCACAGCUUCAAUCAAAUUUGAGGGUACAGUUUAUGGCAACCGUGCACCAAUAGUGGCUGCAUUUUCCUCUAGAGGACCUAGUGCAGCUGGACCGGACAUUAUCAAGCCGGAUGUUACCGCUCCAGGAGUGGACAUACUAGCUGCUUGGCCUCCAAAUAUCAGCCCAUCAAUGCUAAAGAGCGAUAAGAGAAGCGUGCAAUUCAACAUUCUUUCAGGCACUUCCAUGUCUUGCCCUCAUGUCAGUGGACUAGCUGCAUUACUUAAGUCUGUCCAUAGAGAUUGGUCACCAGCAGCAAUCAAGUCGGCUUUAAUGACAACUGCUUAUACCCUUGACAAAAAAAGAACUCCAAUUGCAGAUGCUGUUUCUGAGACUUCAAUAUCAGCUACCCCUUUUGCCAUUGGCUCAGGACAUGUUGAUCCUGAAAAGGCUUCUAAUCCAGGCCUUAUAUACGAUAUCUCAACCGAGGAUUACCUGCAAUAUAUCUGUAGCCUAAACUACAACUCUUCUCAAAUAGCCCUUUUAUUGAGAAAGAAUUAUACUUGUCCUACUCAUGCCUCAAAAUCACCUGGUGAUCUAAACUACCCUUCUUUUGCUGUACUUUUCGACAGCAAGAGGCGAAAUCUGAUCCAAACAUUUAAAAGAAGUGUGACAAAUGUUGGGAACCCUAUGAGUACUUAUGUUGUACAAGUGAAUGCACCUAGUGGAGUAUCAGUUACAGUGAAGCCAAAAAUUCUAAAAUUUCAGAAGAAGGGUCAGAAGCUGAGAUAUAAAAUGAGAGUUGUUGCAAGGGGAAAAAGGAGUGCUGGUGAUUCAACAUUUGGAUCACUGGUUUGGUUUUCAAGAACACAUAUAGUUAGAAGUCCCAUUGCUAUCACAUGGCAGUAACUUAAAGAGGGUAAUUUGAUGACAAUAUCCAAUUCUUGAAAUUAUCUACGAGAAUGUGUUUCUUUUGAAUAAACUAACUAGUUCAAUUAGAUA